CCCUGCCAACAUGUGCCACUUUCAGGUCUCCUCACACACACUGCUGGUGUGUUCCAUUUUUUGUCAUAGGGUGCAGGCAGAUUACGGGCCUCCCAUUGCUGCUGGCCAGCUGUCUCCAUCGCCACACUCGCUUGCCAUGUGUGCCACAUUCAGGUCUCUUCACACUGCUGUUGGUGCUGGCAGAUUACGGGCCUCCCAUAGCUGCUUGCCCUAGCCCCUAAUCUGCCAUGGGGCCCCUAGUAUACCGCCUCCUCAUGCUGCUGCCAAGUCCAGAGUCUCUCAUGGGUCCCUGUACGGCCUCCCAUUGCUGCUGUCUCCAUCGCCACACUCUGCCAUGUGCCACUUUCAGGUCUCCUCAC